GAGCUUCAAGGAGAGAUUAUAUACAUUAAAUAUCAUAAAAAAGCGAAGAAGAUGGAUUGGUCGGCAUCAUCAAAUUGCUCUCUCCUUCUUGUAUAUUUAUGUUGCUUCUUCAGUUUAACAAUCAUAACUUCAUCGGCUUUCAACCUCUCCACCAUCUCUUUCGAUGAAGGUUACUCUCAUCUCUUCGGCGAAGGCAAUCUCGUUCGCUCUCCCGACGGCCGAAACGCCCGUCUCAUCCUCAAUCGUGCCUCUGGGGCGGGCUUCAUUUCAUCAAGGCUGUACAAGCAUGGAUUCUUCAGCGCCAUGAUCAAGUUGCCCUCGUAUUAUACGGCCGGAAUAUGUGUAGCUUUUUAUACAUCAAAUGCUGAUGUAUUCAAGAAGACGCACGAUGAGUUAGACUUUGAGUUCUUGGGAAACGUUGCCGGAAAGCCAUGGAGAAUUCAGACAAAUUUUUACGGCAACGGUAGCACUCAUCGUGGUAGAGAAGAAAGAUACCGGCUCUGGUUUGAUCCCAGUAAAGAGUAUCAUCGGUACAGCAUUCUAUGGACGGCCAAUAACAUCAUAUUUUAUAUCGAUGAAGUUCCGAUAAGGGAAGUUGUUCGGAGUCCGGCAAUGGGCGGUGACUUCCCAUCGAAGCCAAUGUCGCUAUAUGGUACAAUUUGGGAUGCUUCAAGUUGGGCAACUUCUGGUGGAAGAAACAAAGUGAACUACAAAUUUGGUCCAUUUACGGCAGAAUUUAAAGAAUUAGUGCUAGAAGGUUGCCCCGUUGACCCUUUGGAAGAUUGCCAUAAGACAGAGAGUAAAGAGUACGCCACCAUACCGCCCAAAAAAAGAAGGGCCAUGCAGUGGGUUCGGAGGCAUUUUAUGUACUAUUCUUAUUGUUAUGACCAACUAAGAUACCCUACACCCUUACCUGAAUGUGUGAUUGUUCCUUCGGAACAACAACGAUUUAGAAAUACUGGUAGAUUGAAAUUUGGAGGUAACCAUAAAAUUCGAAAACAUAAACAGCCUCAUCGCUCUGAAUUCAAUAUGGUCACAACCACACCCGAGGAUCCAGAUAUGUAAUAUUUUUCUUUAUGAAUAAAGUAAAUUACAGUA